UUUUGUUUGCACUGCCGUACGCGCAGUUUUCAGGUGUAAUCCAACAACUUUGGCCUAUUUUUGCCAUGAAUUAUAAAUUAUUGAAUUUCUUAAUAGUUAAAAUUGUAAAAUUUUCGCGAACAACAAAUUUUUAUUUAAACACAAUUAAUUCUCUUAAUUAAUUUGAAAAUUUAUUGUUGAGUGAUUCGAUUAAGGAAAUUGUGUUUUUUUUUUUUUUUUUUUUUUUUUGGUGUAUGUGUAUUAGUUCUCUACGUCGUAAUGCGGCUUCAUAUAAUGACAAUUCGUGACAAGUGCUACGAACUCUGACCCAACUUUCUUGACUUGGGAUAUUUUAUUUUUGUUGUUUAAUUUUUUUUUUUUUUUUUUUUUUUUCUGUUUCUGUGAUUAAAUGGCGAAUUUCAAGUGAGAAAAAAAGAAGAGAAAGAAAAAUUGAAGAUUUCACAAGUCGAGCAACACGAUGUCAGGACAGAGCGGAGGACAUCGUUUACUUUUAUCAAAGCUCAAUGAUCAAUUAAAAUGUACACUUUGCUCUGGUUACCUUAUCGAUGCGACUACAAUAAUCGAAUGUUUACAUUCAUUUUGUCGAAGUUGCAUCGUCAAAUAUCUUGAAGUGAAUAAAUAUUGUCCAAUUUGUGAGGUUCUCGUUCACAAAAGUAAACCACUAUUAAAUAUUAGACCCGAUCACACAUUGCAGGAUAUUGUUUAUAAAUUAGUUCCCGGUUGUUAUCAAAAUGAAAUGCGAUGUCGAAGGGAAUUUUAUGCAAAAAAUCCUGAAAGUAAAAAUUUACAAAUGCCACCAGAAUCACGUGGCGAACCAAUUGAAUCGCAUAUUUAUUCACCCGACGAAUCAUUGAGUUUAUCACUUGAAUAUUAUAGUCCAAAUAUUGUUAAUAAUGAUAUUGACAAUAAUGACAAUGAUAAUGAAUUAAUGAUAAAAUCAUUGCCAAGACGAUAUUUACGUUGUCCUGCGGCUGUAACAAUUUUUCAUUUACAAAAAUUAAUACGUGCAAAAUAUGGACUCACUGAUGCACAUCGUGUUGAUAUUAUGUAUAAAGAGGAAACAUUGUUUGGAAAUUAUACAUUAAUGGAUGUUAUGUAUAUUUAUCAUUGGCGAAGGAAAGUUCCGCUUCACUUAAGUUAUCGAAUAUUCGAAUCGUCACCAAAACGAAUAAAACUCGCCGAUGAUAAUAAAGAAUUUAAACAAUCAUUAACAAACAGUGGAAUGAGCCCAAUUGAAACGCGUGAGGAACAAACAACAACAACAACAGCAGCAGCAACAACAGCAACAAAACGCGGUUGGAAAGAAGUACAAUUAAAAAUAUCCGAAACUGGUGUUAUGAGCGUAACCGAUAUAACAAGUCCCGAUUCAAAAAAAAGUAAUACAAGUACAAAAGAUAAUCAAGAAACAGAAAUAAAUGAUUUUAUCGCAACAAAUAUUGAAACAACAACAAUAAUAAAAACACAACAAAAAAGUGUAAAUAAAUUAGAUAAUGAUGAAAAUAUUACAAGAACAUGUAAUAAAGGAAAGAAUCUUAUGACAGAAUUUGAUAAAAAAAUUCCAACACAAGAAACAAAAAAAGAGAUAAAAUCUUCUUUUGCCUCAUCUUCUUCUUCUUCUUCUUCUUCGACUUCUUUUUCUCAUGAGGAGAAAAAACGUGAAAAACGCGAAUUACCAUCGCGUGAAACAAAAAAUAAUCGCGAACACAUAAAUAAUGAAACAUUACGUGAAUUACGUGAAAAAAAGGAGAAUAAUAAUAAAAAACGUGAAUUAAAACAAAAAAAAGAAGAAUUAGAAAUUAAUUUACAAUUACAAGUCACGGAGAAGACAAAAAAAAUUGAAAAUCAAAAGAAAAAUGUUAAUUUAGCAUCGAAAAUUGAUGCAUUAAGCGCUAAAUUACAAUUUCAACCAAAAGUCGGUCAAGUUAAUAAUACAUAUGGUAAAAAAUUGCCAAAAAAACCACCAACACGAGCUGAAUUAAAAAAGGAGGGAAAAAAAUUAAUGGAAACAAAUGAAUUUUUACCGGGACAAUCGAAAAUUAAUGAAAAUUCAUUGGAAUUAAAAACAAAUUCUAAUAUUUCAAUAAAAAAAAGUGAGAAAAAUGUUGUUGAAUUAACAAAAAAAUUGGAGCAAUUGAAGAAAAAUGUGGUGAAAAAUUUUAAAGAAGUUGAAGAUGGAAAAAAUUUCGAAAUAUCCACAAUUGAUGAAAACAUCAUGGAAAGUGGGAAAAAUACAGAAAAUACAAAAACAGAAAAUACAAAAAGUACAGAAAAUACAAAAAGUAUAGAAAAUACAAAAAUCGAAAAUUUAAGAAUAGAAAAUAAAAAAAUAGAAAAUACAAAAAAUAUGACAAAUACGAAAAAUACAAAAACUAUAGAAAAUAUAAAAAAUAUAAAAGAUACAAUAAAAAUUGACGAUAAUGAAAAAAAUAAUUUGAAAUUGGAAAAUUUAGAAAAACAAAAAAUUGAAAUAAAUAUAAAGAAAAAAGAAAAUGAAAUAAAAUUAUUAAAUGAAAAUUUAAUUUCAAAUACAAAUGAAAUAAUAAAAAAUUCCACAAUUACAGAAAAAAUAAUAAAUACAAUACCCACAUAUGUGACAGCGUCGUCAUUAAAUGAAAAAAAUAAUCCAACAAUAACAUUACAACAGGCAUUAAAUUCAUUAGGUAAAACAGAUCCAAAAAAUUUAUUAAAUCAAUUACAAUUUCAUAAUAAUAAAACAAAUGAAAUUUUAGCCUCAACAAUGAUGGCAACAAAUUUUGGUUUUGUUAUGCCAAAUGAUAAUCAAUCACAAUUAACUGUUUCACAAUUAUCGACAUCAAUAAAAACACAAAUUCCAUCAACAACAACAACAACAACAGCAGCAGCAACAACAACAACGACAAAAAUAACACAAUUUAAUGUACAGCCAUCAAUGAGUAUUUAUUCAAUAACUGACAAAAAUAAUCAUUAUAAUCAAUCAACAUCGAGUUCAAAAUCUGAUUUUGAAAUAACAAGUGUACCAAUGUCAUUAAUGAAAUCGAAUAAUAUUAGAAAACAUGAGGUCAUUGCAAAGGGGACAAAUUUAAAUGAAAUUUGUGCUAAAAUUGGUACAUCGGGAUCGAAAAUAAAUGAUAUUUGCGCAAAAAUUGGUGAAAAUUCAAAGGAGAAAAACAAGACUGAUAAUAUAGGAAUAAUAACAACAACAACAACAACAACAACAACAACAACUGCUGGUACUACGGCAACAACAAUAACGCAACAAAGAAAUUUACCUGAUUUAUUGAAAAUAACAAAAUCGACAGAAUUUUUAAAACAUAUACCUAAUAUACCGAAUGUACCAAUUUAUACGCCAAAUGCAAAUAAAACAACAAUGGAUAAUAAUAAAGUAAUGAAUACGGGAAUUGUGCAGAAAUUACAACAACAACAACAACAACAACAGCAGCAGCAACAACAAAAGAAACAUUCGCAUGUUGGUUAUAAAACAUUGCGUGAUCCACCAAAAUCAUGGAAUCCAACAUUAUCGAAAAAUAAUUAUGUUGCUGUGAAAAAUCAAAGUCAAUAUGAUGGUACAACGGGUGGUACAAAGCCAAUAUUAUCGAAACCGGCGAAAAUAUUUAAAAUGAGAAAUGUACCGAGAUAUUUGGGUAAUCCAGCGUCUGGAGUUAAGCCAAUGUAUGGAGUUAGUAACGAAAAGGAAAAGGAGGUAAAGGGCAAUCUCACUGGAAAUUCAAUGAUGAUGAUGAAAAUUGAUCCAAAAACAUUAUCGCCAAUUGUCUCAACGAGUAAUUCACCAAUAGUAUCACCGCCUCCCUAUUCACCAAAUGCACGCUCCUAUCAAAAUUCACCAUUCACAAGGGAAUUAUGUCGUAAUAGUGGUGGUUCACCAAUAUCACCACGUAAUUCACCAGUUAAUAUGCUAUCAACAAAUCCAUUUAUACCAUCGCCAACGCCAAAUACAAAUCCACGUUUAAUUUAUUCACAUUUCCCACCGCCAUUCCCUGAUACAAGCCGCUUUCCAAAUCCAUUAAUUCGAUCGCCAAUUGGUAUACCGCCACCAAGUGCCUUUCACAGCAGUUUACCACCGUCAAUAAAUAAAUUAUAUCAAAGAACAAGUUAUAUUCCACAAACAAGCGGUUAUAAUAAUCCUCAACCUCAACCACCACCUUCAUCUUCUUCAUCAUCAUCUUCUUCUUCUUCGGUUCCACAAAAUCCACCGCCAGCAAUUCAAAGAAUUCCAGCAUCAAGUGGACAGAAUUUUAAUCUUAAAAAUCACGAAGUGGUUUCUUCUUCUUCUUCUUCUUCGUCAUCCGAAAUUCCAAAGGAGAAAAUUUUCAAUUUAUGCAAAGAUGGAGAAAAAUUGAGAAUCGAUAUUGAUAAAAAAGUUAAUGGCGAUAUUAUCGAUUUAGAAAAGGAGGAAGAGGAGGAGAAAGAAAAGAAACAAGCGAUGCGUUCGGGGAAUUUACGCGAUGAUGGUGGACUAAAAGAUUUUUCAGCGAAAAAUUCAGAAUUGACAUUAAAAAAUUCGUCUUUAAAGGAUUUAGCAUCAAAAAAUCCCUCAUUAAAGGAUUCAACGAUUAAUUCAUCAUCAAAUGAUUCUUUAUCUUUAAAGGAGACAAAAGAUUCACAACAAGAUACAAUUCAAAUUUUAAUUGAUUUACAAGAAUCAUUAAAGGAUUUAUCAUCAAAAAAUCCGGCAUUAAAGGAUUUAACAUCAAAAAAUUCCUCUCUAAAUGAUCAAAAUUCCAAAAAUUCAUCACUAAAAUAUCUAACUAAUUCACCAUUAAAGGAGCAAAUUUCAAAAAAUUCAUCAACAAAAGAUACAAAAGACUCAACACAAGAGACAAUACAAAUUUUAAUUGAUUUACAAGAAUCAUUAAAAUCCGUUAUGCAAGCAUCGAAAGGCGAUAAUUCAUCACAAUUAUCAAAUGAAAAUCAAUUAUCGUCUAGUAAGGAGUUUAAAAAAUAUUCUCAACAUGAAAUUUGUCAAUCAUUAAAAAAUUCUUCAUCUACAUUAAUAAAAGAAUCAUCAUUACAACAAUUAACAAUAGAAUCGUCAUCAUCAAAAGAUUUAUCAUUAAAAGAAACAUUAAAUGAUAAAUUGCAAUGUUCAAAAGAAUUAAAAAUUGAUAAUUGUCAAUUGUCAAUGAAACAAUUAUCAAAAGAAAAUUAUCAAUCUAAAAAUGAUAAUCAAUUAAUAAAAGAAUUAUGUCAAUCAUCAUCGUCGUCGUCGUCGACAAAUUUGGAACAAUCACAACAAUUAUUGAAUGAUUCACAUGAAUUGCAAACAAAUGAUAAACGAUUAGUGAUGAGGGAAAAUUUAUGUGAAAUUAAAAAUAAUGAAACAAAAAAUUUCAAGGAAAAUUUAAAAAUUGAUGAAAAUUUAUUAAUUGAAAAAAGAGAAAAAACAAGAGGAGAAAAUCAAUCAACAUUGGAGAAUGAGAAAAUUAGAGAAAAUUCACAGGAGAAAAUUGAAAAUGUUGAAAAUGAUAUUCAAGGGAAAAAAACAUUGGAAAUCCAAAGGAAUGAGGCGGAAUCGUAAUUGAGAUUUUUUUUCUUAAUUUCUAGAUAGACUGUCUAGUUGUAUAUAAUCUAUUAUUAUUAUUAUUAUUAUUAUUUUUAUUUUUAUUUCUAUUUUCAUUACUAAUAUUUUUAUUUUCAUUUUUUUGUCAUUUUUUUUAUUAUUAUUAUUAUUAUUAUUAAUAAUAAUAAUAUCAUAUUAGUGACAUUUCAGGAGAUUAUUAUUAUUAUUUUUUUUUUCGUAACCAUCAUAAAUAUGAAAAAAAAUUUUUUUUUAAAAACCUCUCCUUAAAUGGCACAAUUUUUUCUUUUUUGUAAAUAGUCACAACUGAUUUAAUUAUUAUUAUUUUUUUUUUAUAUAUAUAUAAUGAUUGAAUUUACAUUAACUUGUCGCAACGUAGAAAAAAAAAAAAAAUUC